AUUGUUUUUGUCACAUGAAGCAGGUGGAGGUUCACUCUGCAUAUGAAUGAGGCUCCAGAUUUCGCUUCUGCAUUUCUUCUCCUUCUCACGUCGGAGGCAGAUGCUCUUAUAGAUGACAUGCAAAUGCAUCAAGUCCUGUAGAAGAAAGGAGAAGCUGAAACCAUAAUUUAAAAAAAUAAAAGCAACAACAAAAAGAAACGAUCACAGAUCUGACUUCCUGAGGAGAAACUUUAGGCCAACAUUAAUUUCAGUUCAAGCAGUUUUGAACUCCACAAUGAGGAUAUAUUUUACAACUAUUGUCUGGUUGCUGGCAGUCAGAGGAAGUUUACCUUCAGAAGUGAAGAAUAAUGGAGAAUCCCUCAACACUCCAUGCAAAAGUGCAACAGUGGACCAAACAUCAUAUACUGGAGAUUCUGUUUCCUUCACCUGCAAAUAUUCACAAGCCGAUAAAAACAGCAUCAGACACUUCUGCAGACUCGAUGGAAACAACAGCUGCUCAAAUAUAAUUUCAGCGCAGUUUUCAAACUACACAAAACUGGCAAAGUUUUCCCUCAGCGAUGAUAAGCAGCGAGGACUGUACCAGGUGAACAUCUCCAUGGUGACUCAGCAGGAUUCGGGCAAAUACUGGUGUGCCUUGAAAAAAGACGAUUUCAUCACUUGUUUACAGGAAGUCGUCCUCCAUGUUCUGAACCCGGUUACAGUCCAGACUUAUCCUGAAAAGGGAGAGUCACCACCACCACCACCAAUACCACCACCACUAGUGAAGACUAGGUCCGUCAAAGAAUCUGAGUGUGGUUCUGGUUCUGAUUGUGGACCAACACCAGGAAUGAUUGGUGGUAUUGUGUGUGGUGUCGUGAUCGUGGUGGUGCUUGCAAUUGUCUUAAUACUUUGCAGGCGGAAACUCUGCAACAGACAAGGGGAAACAUCGGAGCAGAUGACAAACACAAUACAAAGCCCAGAGGGAAAAGAUAGAGAUCCCCAAUAUGAAGAGAUACAGAUCCAGAACCAACCAACAAACACAGUCAGCACUCUUUAUUCUACAGUGAACCCACCUGCAGACCAGCUGCACUACGCCAGCGUCGAUAUCCAGGGCGGAGAUCCCCCCACUGGUACUGAACAAAAUGCCUCUGCAAAUCCUCCAGCAGUGACCACUCUCUACUCUACCGUCAAAACACCUGGAGAAUAGAGCAGCCAAACUUCCUGUUUUCUGAAACAUGUUGUAGAGAAUUUUAUCUUUUUCUUGGUACGUAACAGUGGCGUCCCCAAAGGGGAGCAGAGAGAGGAACCAUUGAAACAUGCUGGCCACCACAAUGGUGCCCCAGAGAAAUUUAGUUCAAAUCUUCUUCAGUGAAGACAUAAAUGUAAACAGGCAAAGUAAGUAAAUAAAUGAAAUUCAAUAUUUUUUGUGUCUGUGACGCCCUAAAAUGGGCACCCGAUGAGAAUUUUCAGGGGUGCCUCUGAGACUUGGAGAAAGGGUGGAUCAAACCGCUGCAAGGAUUUUAAAGAAGGAAUGUCUUUGUUCAGGGAACCUUUUGAUUUCUUUUACUCCUAACCCAAUAGAGAAGCAGUGAGAAGGAGCAUCAGAUCCAGCCACUUGUUGGGGGUGGAGAAUCGAGAGGAGGGCGAAUCCAGAACUCUGUCCAGCUGAGCCUGAAACCUAUUGUGUUACUGCUACUUCAAGAGGCUGCUGAACGUUUUGUCUGCAGACUUUAUGGGAUGGUGGACUUGAGGUGUUAGUGAACUAUGGGAAAUGUAGGCUGGAAUGGACAUGCUGAUUCUUUGUUUUAUUUGCCUGUGAAUAAGUGGAACUCUGCAGCUCUGGAGUUGGAACUGCAUCUGGAGUUUUUAUUUUACUAAUUUCAUGCAUUAAUGUCUGUUCUUUGGCCUUUUUUGUCUUGAUUUUAGAUUUCUUGUUUGACUUCUAUCAAAUAUUGUGUCAAAAUUAAAAGCUAACUUCCCUUCAGAAAUAUUUUUUCCCUUAUUUGACAUGUAUUCUGAACCUGAGCUUCAUAAAUCACAAUGAAUUGCAACUGGAAAAGAAUCUUAGUAUUUUAUUUUUAAGAAAAAAAUUAUAAUUUUAUUACCCAUGACAUAUAUUCUUAACAAGACUGAAGUCACAACCUUCCAUAAUAAAUUACACAAAAUUUGCAACACAAUAUUAAUGUGUGACACACACUAAUAUUAUGAGUUGGAUUAUUUAUUUAUUUUUUUUUAUUUUAGAUUGUUUGGAAUAAUUUUUCUGGCCAUUUUCAACAUUUUAUGUUAUCUUUUACCCUGUAUAAAUUAGAAGAUUUAAUCACUUGUUUUCAAUUUUUUAUUUAAUUUAAUUUUUUUUAACCUAACAUUCCAGGUUUUAGGCACUAAUAUUUUAUGACAAAUAACAAGUACUGUACCAUUUUUCUGUGUUGUUGUUCCACAGCGCCAUCUUGUGGAUAGUUAUGGAAUUAUUAACGACAGAUUUUUCUCUGCCGUCCGUUCAGUCUGCCACUGUUAAGAUAGACGAACAGCGCCACCAAGUGGAGAUUAUGUGUCUUACCCUGACAUGUAUAAUUAGCCUUUUUAAUUCUCCGGUAUGUCAGAAAUUAGAAAGAUGAGAAAAGCCGAUGUGAACAGUAAUUUUUACCUCUUGAAGAAGCCAACAUUUGGUUUUUCAGUGAAUCUUUCCCAAAGAGAAGGACUAAAUGAACUAAAUGCUCCCUCUGAAAGAGGGGAGUUACGGUGAUCCACUUUUCUGAAUUUAGACUGGAUCGUAGAGUUUAGUUUUGUGUUAUAGAGACCAGAA